CAGAGCGUGGGCGUGGGCGUCUUUCUGGCCGCCUUCAUCCUCCUGGCUGUGGCGGGCAACCUGCUGGUCAUCCUCUCGGUGGCCUGCAACCGCCACCUGCAGACAGUCACCAACUAUUUCAUCGUGAACCUGGCCGUGGCCGACCUGCUGCUGAGCACCACGGUGCUGCCCUUCUCGGCCACCAUGGAGGUUCUGGGCUUCUGGGCCUUCGGCCGGGCCUUCUGCGACGUGUGGGCUGCCGUGGACGUGCUGUGCUGCACUGCCUCCAUCCUCAGCCUCUGCACCAUUUCGGUGGACCGGUACGUGGGCGUGCGCCACUCACUCAAGUACCCCACCAUCAUGACGGAGCGCAAGGCGGCCGCCAUCCUGGCGCUGCUCUGGGCUGUGGCCCUCGUGGUGUCCGUGGGGCCCCUGCUGGGCUGGAAGGAGCCAGUGCCCCCUGAUGAGCGCUUUUGCAGCAUCACCGAGGAGGUGGGCUACGCCGUCUUCUCCUCCGUGUGCUCCUUCUACCUGCCCAUGGCCGUCAUCAUAGUCAUGUACUGCCGCGUGUACGUGGUAGCCCGCAGCACCACGCGCAGUCUCGAGGCCGGCGUCAAGCGGGAGCGGGGCAAGGCCUCCGAGGUGGUGCUGCGCAUCCACUGUCGUGGCGCCGCCUCGGGUACAGACGGCGCGCACCGAGGGCUGCGCAGCGCCAAGGGCCACACCUUCCGCAGCUCGCUGUCGGUGCGCCUGCUCAAGUUCUCCCGCGAGAAGAAGGCUGCCAAGACGCUGGCCAUAGUCGUGGGAGUCUUCGUGCUCUGCUGGUUCCCCUUCUUCUUCGUCCUGCCACUUGGUUCCCUGUUCCCGGAGCUGAAGCCCUCGGAGAGCGUCUUCAAGGUCAUCUUCUGGCUGGGCUACUUCAACAGCUGCGUGAACCCGCUCAUCUACCCCUGCUCCAGCCGCGAGUUCAAGCGCGCCUUCCUCCGCCUCCUGCGCUGCCGCGCAGAGGCCGCCGGCGCCCUGCGCUCGGAGGUGGAGGCUGUGUCCCUUGGCGUCCCCCACAACGUCGUGGAGGGCGCCACCUGUCAGGCCUACGAACUGGCGGACAGCGACGACCUCCGGGAGACUGAUAUUUAAGGACCCCCAGAGCUAGGCCUGGGUCGGGGCAGGGGGUGCUAGGGGAGGUGGAUAAGGUGGGGUGAGGGCGAGGACGUGAGGAGAGGCUAGCUUUGUUCAAGAGGCCCGUGUGGAUCAGGGAUUCGAAACUGAUCAGGGCAGCUGCUCUCCAGCAUCCCUGAGGAAGGGAGGCGGAGCGGUGCCCUGGAGGGGUGGAAGGUAAUGGGCCCCCACUAGACACAGAUGCCCGAGUUCCUCCUUUCGGAGGGAGGGGGUGCGGACCCUGGGUGGGGGGCCAUUUGCUCCCAACCCCUAUUUGAGAAACACUGCCCCAUCCAUGCCUUGAACCCUGGGUAGACAGCCCCAAGUCUGGCCAGGCAGGCCUGUCCCUCCUCUUGGGGAGAAAGGGGCAGGGAGGCCUGCAUGGCUGCCCCACUGCCUCCCUAGGAAAACGUCACUGGGACACAGUUUCUCCUUACUGCCGCCUGGAGGAACCUGGAGACCUGUCACCGCCCCCACAAGCUUUGGUGGCAGAUGGAUGACUGUUUUUACAAGCCUGUUGUAUUUACCCGUGGACCCUGCUGGUACUCCUCCUUGCACACCGCAUCACCUGCCCCUGCCCCCCCCCCCGGUACCCCCCCCAAGGGCCUUACUGUUUACACUCUGUACAUAGCUCCUUGUGCCUGUGCCCAUCACCUCCCGCUGGGAUCCGGAGCUGUCACAUGGGGAGAGCUUUAUUUGUCAUUUUGAGACAUAUUUAUUGGCAAGAGUACUUCUAUUUUGUCCAAACCGUGCAAACUGUCCCUCCUUAGCUUAUAACCUAUAAAGAACUACUUUUUUUUUUUCUAGAA